AUCUCUCCAGCGCAUUCAUCUCGAUAUCAAUAUCAAUAUCAACAUCAAUAUCAAUAUCAAUAUCAACAUCGAUAUCGACACUCUCCCAUGGGCACCGACCGGCUCUCCCCCGUCGUCCUCGACAACCCCGGCGUCGCUGCUCGGCUGUUGGCAUUCACACCCCAGUCCGAGCUGGCCUCGCUCGCCCUCCUCAGCUUCCGCUGGCAUCAAGCCAGCGUCGCCGCCCUCUAUCGGGCUCCUCGCUUCCAGAGCCGAUACUCCAACCCGCUGGCAGCGCUCCUCAAGUUUCUGCGCACCCUGCAGCACCAGUCCUCCCUGCCUGCUCUGCUGGCCAAGAAUCACUCUAUCGACCCAUUCGACGACCGACCUCCUGUCGGCUCGUUUGUCCGGAUCUUGGACCUCUCCGUCGUCAAAGAGUCCCUCUACAGCUCCGUGCCGGCCGACUUUCUGUCUGUGAUUCUGCAGGGUUGUCCUGGCCUCGUCUCGCUGAACCUUGCCUCUGCCGAGUUUGCAACCGACCAGGCCCGUCGCAGCACCGCCGUCGCCACCCAUGUCUCGCUCCGAACCAUCGAUCUCUCGGGAGCGGUCAACCUCACCCCGGAGUCGCUGCAAUCGCUGUGUCGCCGCUUUACCAGCCUCGAGUCGCUCAACCUGAGCUCAACGCACCUCAACGAUGCUGCCCUCGCGAUCAUUGCGGCCCACUGUCCCCGCCUCGUCUCGGUUGCUGUCGGAUCCACCUCCACGACGGACGCCUCAGUCCAGGUCCUGAUUUCAAGAUGCCCGCAGCUGGCCUGCAUCGACCUGUCCCGGUGCCUGCGUAUCAGCGACUCGUCGCUGGAUAUCCUGGCCUUGUCGUCGCUGCAGCUGCAGUCGCUUGUCCUGUGGGACUGCCGAAACGCUUCGUUCGAUGCCCUGAUCCGCCUGGUCAAAUCCAAGGGCACUUCCCUGCGGAGGUUGAACCUGCGAGGCAUCCAGUGCAAUCGCAAGAAUGCCCCUAUGACCUUUGAGCGACUGGCCGAACUGCUGCACUCGCUCCCGGCGAUCGAGGAGCUCUCGAUGGACUAUGUCUGGAUCGACGCCGUUCGCCAGUGGAAGCCCGAUGUCCUGGAUCUCUUCCAGGCGCUCUCUCGUCUGCGCUCCCUGACAUUCUCCGGCAUCAGCGCCGAGACCCCGAACAACAUCAUCUGGAACCUGGGCUUCAAGAUUCCGAACCUUCAGCGGCUGCGGCUCUUGCGCGACUCCUACGAGCGAGACUCGAUUGUGACAGACAUGUAUGCUGACGUUGAGAGCGGCAGCCUGAUGAUCGAUGCCGGCUUUGUGAAGAGAUUUCACGAGCUCCGCGGACCCGUGGUCAAGAUGUCGCUUGAGCUCGAAGGCGAAGCCGACCGCCCAUACUGGACAUGAGCAGCAGCGGCGGUAGCAGCAGCGACAGCAGCAGCAGGGCCCGAUCUGCCUCGCUCAAGCUGUCUUUGUAGUUUGUUUUGGUCUUGCUUUUGUUGCUCUAUGGAAUAUACUCAAU